UAUGGUGAAUUGUAUUUCUGUUUAUCGAAUCAUCAACAAAUACUUGUGUUGAAUGUUAUCUGGAAAUAAGAAAAGAAAAACAAAACGAAAGAAAUUGAGAAAGAAAAAAUGACGGAGAAAGCUACAACGCGAAUCUUAAACUAAUCAGUGCAAGAUAUAAGUUCGAAAUGAAUUAUUGGCUGACUAUUUCCGAGCUGGCCAUUUUGGCGGGUGACGUGUUUUGGUGUUCUACUCAUUGACAUGCAGCCAUAUCAAACGGAGGUGUAAAGGAGGGAAAGGCAUUAACGCAAGGCUAGUAGGCGUUCACUACGUUACGUAACGUGUAAAAUGAUCAGCGUUGAAAUAGCCGGUGUAAAGAAGUAGCGAGGAAAAAAAGAGAAGUAAACAGUACGAAGAUACUAUGGGGAAUAAUAUCGAUUUGCGCGUGUACUGCCCGAUGGUAAACAGAAGAUAUGAUGUAUUCAAUUUUCAGCUGCGCUAGGGGCAAUGCACGAUGGGAAUAAUUUUCUGUAGGCGCAUGCGCAGUUCAGUUUACAGUUGGAGCUUGGAAGAAAAUGGCGUCAGCUAAGUUUCUGGAGGAAGCUCUUAGUACGGACGUCGAUGAAUCCGCAGUAAACGCGAUCGUCGGCUCGCUCGAGACGCAGUUGGUCACAUCAACGCCGCCGAUAUCAACCCACCAAGUGAACUCUGGUUCGGUUAAUCAAAACCAUCAGUUAAACAGUGGUAUUUCAAACGGGGGUACCAUCAUCUCCGCGGGACUGAAACAUGGGGUUGCUAACGGCGGUGCUACUUCGAUGAACAACCUGAUAUCCCAGGACCCGAGCAAGUCAAUCACGACCAGCACCCUGCUGCCGGUGAACGUCGUCACCUCGAACACGAUAGUGCAUACAACCUCGCAACAGCAUCCACAGUCAGGAAUUCCCGCUGCCGCCUACAUAAACCAAGUCACAACCAAUCAACAAACGAACAUUACUAAUAUAACCAAAACACACGAUCACCAACAACAGCAACAGCAGCAGCAGCAGCAACAACAACAACAACAGCAGCAGCAGCAACAGCAGUCUGUCAAGCUGGUGUAUCCCUCUCAGGGACAGACCAUAUCCACCACCGGCGUGGUUAACGUUAACAACAGGCUGUCAUUCCCCACCCAAACAGUUGGCCAUUUACCCAACGGCAGUCUAGGGGUGACGACGCAGACUGUGCUUCAGACUACCUCGGGCCUUGCUCACAAUAUCGGCUCUAUAACUCAGGCCAACAGCCAGUCUUCGGCUAAUGUCAACAAGCAGCAAGGGGGUGGCACUGCCUUGGUUAUAAAGACUAGCGCCACACCUGGGGGAAUGGUUUCCGUCCCAAUGUCCGUUCCCGUUUCAGUGGCUGGGAAUGCCGCCAGCACAACCCUGCAAGGGAAGGCUGGCGUCACUUCUACCAUAGUACCUAGCAAUGUCCAAAUUUUAAAUGUAAACACCAUGAGGCCCGGCACUCCAGUCGCUGGACAACAGCAGGGCAAGCAAGUUGCCUCGAGGGUCGUCAUUGGACAACACAUGGUCGGUGCCAGACCUGGUGCACCCGGGAUAACACUGCAGGCCCUCCAAGGUCUUCAACCCGGAACCCAGGGACAUCUACUUUUGAAAACUGAGAAUGGGCAAUACCAAUUGCUGAGGGUAGGACCGGCGCCACCCACAGGUACCCCUGGGGGAGGGGCUGUCACCCCGAACAGUAUUGCCGGAGGCGCAGUGGUUGCUCCGACCGCAGGCACAACUUAUCGCCUAACCUCUGUGCCGGCUGUAAGUAGGCUGAACACUCAGUUCACUGGCCCGCCACUCGCCACGUUAAGAAAACCCAUUCAGACGGUAGCUGCAAGUGUUACAACAGUCACCACGACUCCUGGUACUGUAACUACUGUAGCAGCCGCAGCACCAAUACCUGCUGCAACUAAAGUCCCAACAGCACAAAGUCCUGCCCAGCGUCAAACCACAGAUAAUACCAAAGAAAAGUGCCGUAAAUUCUUAGCAAAUUUGUUAGAGUUGUCUAGUCGAGAACCUAAAGCAGUGGAACGAAAUGUUCGGACGUUGAUUCAAGAGUUAAUUGAUACUAAAGUUGAACCAGAAGAGUUUUGUGAUAGACUUGAAAGAUUGCUUAAUGCCUCGCCUCAACCAUGCCUCAUCGGAUUCCUCAAGAAGAGCUUGCCGCUUCUCAGACAGUCUCUUGUCACCAAGGAUCUUGUUAUUGAAGGCAUACGUCCCCCUCCUGCCAACGUUGUUUUCUCCAUAGCAGACAGUACAUCGGUAGCUCAGGCACAGAACCAGCUGAGGCCAACCGUUGCUGUAGCAGCUACGGGUCCAGUGGGAGGAGGCAUAACGACAACCCAAGUACGUGUUAUGGCGCCGCUCGUAGGGCCAACUACGAUGGUUCAACGACCAGCACAACAAAUCCAACAGAGACUGAUCAGACCGGUAGUGACGAUGGUUCGCAGUCCGACGACACACACGGUCAAAACAACAGUGGCGGUGAGCGGUAUUCGACCUACUGCUCCCACCGUUCAAAAACCUCCUGUUGCUAACGUCAUUAAGACGGUAGCUACCACAGCGCAGGGCAAGACUAGCAACACCACUACUACCCAGAAUAAAGCCGUAGUGCCUUCCUUCGUUCCAAAACCAACGGCUAAAGAGAAAGAGAAAAAAACCUUCUCUUCAGCAGGAUACACUGGUGACGACGAUAUAAAUGAUGUAGCAGCUAUGGGAGGUGUGAAUCUCGCCGAAGAAUCGCAGAGGAUUCUUGGAUCGACUGAAUUUGUUGGUACGCAGAUUCGGUCUUGUAAAGACGAAGUCUUUUUACACAUGACUCCGUUACAGCAAAGGAUUAAACAAAUAGUUUCAAGUUACGGAUUAGAAGAACCCAACGCGGAAGUCGCGUCGCUAAUUUCGCACGCUACCCAGGAGAGGCUAAAAAAUUUAGUUGAAAAGCUUGCAGUAAUAGCGGAACAUAGGAUAGACCUCAUCAAGGUUGAUCCUAGAUACGAAGUUACACAGGAUGUAAGGGCGCAGUUGAAAUUUUUGGAGGAACUCGACAGGGUAGAGCGUAGACGGCACGAAGAACAAGAAAGAGAAUUACUUCUGAGAGCUGCGAAAAGUCGCGCCAAAACCGAAGAUCCUGAACAAGCCAAGCUCAAGGCUAAAGCCAAGGAGAUGCAACGGGCCGAGAUGGAAGAACUCAGGCAAAGAGAAGCGAAUCUAACGGCGUUGCAAGCGAUCGGUCCGCGCAAGAAACAAAAAUUGGACGUCGGCAGUUCGCCGGGAGGGGCGGGUAGCGGAAGUGGUGUGAACUCUUCGACGUCCGGUCUUAGUAGGCAAAUGCCGAUGAGACCGCGGCUAAAAAGGGUAAACUACAGAGACCUUUUGUUCCUGUUAGAGCAGGAGAAGGAGACGUGUAGGAGUACGACGCUUUAUAAGUCAUACUUGAAGUGAUGUUGUGCGAGGGGCAGGAACGAGAGUGACCCGCCCUAUCCCUGGCGCCCAAAUUGCAUGGUCUUGCGUGAGCUGGCCUCAUUGGACCCUGAUCAUCACCGCGGUGUUGUCAUCAUUGCAUAUCUGCCGGUGUUUCGUCAUACGUGUACAAUGAAACUCACCAUAGGUUGGCCUGGUAUUUUCGUAUACAUUCAAAAGUAAACGAUUCGUUUCGUGUACCAACGUCGAUUAAAUAUUUAUAAGCUUCCCCUGGUCCUCCCUCCCAUCCUCUCACUCCCCCCGAGACUCCGCCACUCCCCCCUUCUUAUAUUGUAAAUGACUGAAAACUUUUUUUUUUUAAAUGUAAUAUAAAAAUAGAUCGUUCUUUAUUUUUCAAACAC